AUGGAGAGAAAAGAUGAUGGUGGAAAGGAUACUUUUAUCAAUCCAAAUGAAAUCGAUGAGGAGAUAGGGAAUGUUUCUGAUGAAGCCGAACCUAUGGAUGAAGAUGAAGGUGAUGAAGAACUUCAAGGAAAUGAUGAUAUUAUCGAAAUAGACAUGUCUAACAAUUCCUGGGCUUAUUUUGAUAAACAUCAAGAUUCAGUGUUCAAAGUGAUAAGUCAUCCAUUUUUACCCAUUGUUGUUUCUGGUGGAGCUGAUAAUACAGCUUUUAUGUGGACAUCAAAUUCGCAGCCUCCAAAACUUAUAACAGAACUUAAAGGACAUACUGAAUCAGUAAUUGCUGGUGGUUUUACAAAAGAUGGAUCAUAUAUUAUUACCGGAGAUAUGACCGGGAAAGUUUUAGUUCAUAAAGCGUUUAAAAAAUAUCAACAAUGGAGAAAAAUAGCAGAAAUUAAUGAAAUUAGUGAAAUAAGUUGGAUCGAAGUGCAUCCAGUUCAGAAUUUUUUUGCGUUUGGUGGUAUUGAUGGAUCAGUUUGGUGUUAUUCUAUUGAAAAUGAUAAUGUUGAGCAAGUCUUUUCAGGGUUUAAUCAUUCAAUUGAGUGUACAUCUGGAAAAUUUGUCGAUGUUGAUGAUAUAGAUUCAUUACUUUUAAUAACUUGUUCUGAAGAUUCAAGUAUCGUGUUUUGGAAUUGUUACACCUCUGAGCCGAUUUUCAAAUUAACCAGUAAUGAUUUCAAAUCAUCAGAUAACCAUUCUUGGGUGACAAUUUCUGCUUUAGAUAAUAGCAAGAUUGUUGCGGUUGGAAGUAGAGAUGGUGUUAUUGCAAUCUUGAAUUAUGAGACAAUCAAAAUAUUGAACACAAUAAAAGCAAUAGAUUUGAAAGAAAGCGAUGAUAUUUAUGACUCUUCAGUAGAGGCUUUGGCCUGGUGCAGUGUGGAAAAUUCUACGUUAUUAGCAGUUGGAUUAGUUUCUGGAGAUUUGACCUUUUAUGACAGUAAAAGCUGGAGGAUAAGAAAGAGCGUUAAAUUAGAAGAUGCAAUUACUAAAUUGGAAUUCAUAAAAGAUGAAAAUUUUCUUAUUGGCUCAUGUAUGAAUGGUAGAAUAUAUAAAUGGAAUGUUUUAACAGGCAAAGAAGAAUUUGUUGGUGUGGGUCAUAAUUUGGGUAUCUUGGAUUUCUGUGUUCAAGACAAAGGCAACAAGCUCAUAACGGCUGGGGAUGAAGGUGUCUCAUUGGUUUUCAACUUGAAUAAAUAA